AUAGAAUUUCUUUGAUUUGAUCUAUGUUGGCUGACUUUAUUUUGGAAAUGCCUUUUGAUGUAAAAUCAAUAGGAAAAAUACUUACCACUUGACAGGGAUAACGCAUCGACAAAACUUGUGCUUUGCUUUAAAGCUAGUGUAACAACCAUUGUCCGACUGUUUAAACAACCCAUGAAGUAUUUUUUCAUGCCUUUAUCCUAUAGCUUUUAACUACUUUAUGUUCUUGUAAGUAAAGCAAAAGUCCUUUUCGCGGUUCACAGAAACUCAAUAAGUUUCGUGUGACUUUAUAGUCAUACUUCGAACCACCUUUUCUUCUUGUUUAUUUUUUUUUCUCAUAUGGCACAAGCACUGUCUCAUAUUAAUGUCUUUGAAAUGGCGGGGCUCGCUCCUGCUCCCUUCGCCGGUAUGAUAUUAUCUGACUUUGGUGCCAAUGUUAUUCGUAUAGACCGUCCUAAGGGGUCGGGAAUAGACUUAUUAACAAGAAAUAAGCGUUCCUUGUCCAUGGAUUUGAAGCAUCCAGAUACUAUUAAAGUCUUACUCAAAUUAUUUGUUUCAGCCGAUAUUGUCCUGGACCCUUUUCGUCCGGGUGUCAUGGAGAAAUUAGGACUUGGUCCUAAUGUUUUACUUUCUGUCAACCCUCGUAUUAUUUAUGCGCGCCUCAGUGGAUUUGGACAAACAGGACCUGCUUCUCAAGCAGCUGGUCAUGAUAUCAAUUAUUUAGCUAUCUCGGGUGCAUUAAGUUUUAUAGGACGCUACAAGGAAAAACCAUUCUUCCCUGUCAAUAUUCUAGCUGAUUUUGCUGGCGGUGGACUUAUGUGCGUAAUGGGUAUACUCAUGGCUCUUGUGGAGCGCUUAAAAUCGGGAAAGGGGCAAGUUGUGGAUGCCAACUUGACAGCAGGCACUGCUUAUUUAACAACGUUUCCUUAUUUGAUGCAAAAGUAUCAAAUGAUAUUUGAUCAGGAAAGAGGUCAGAACAUGUUGGACGGUGGCGCUCAUUUUUAUGAAGUUUACGAAACCAAAGACAAUCAAUUUAUGGCAGUUGGUGCUAUUGAACCUCAAUUCUAUUCUUGUUUACUGGAAAAACUAGGCUUGUCCCAAACUGAGUUACCAGACCAACUUGACAGGGAAUCAUGGCCUCAAAUGAAAACCAAAUUUCAAGAAAUCUUUGCUACAAAAACUCAGCAUGAAUGGACGCUUAUCUUUGAUGGUUCUGAUGCUUGUGUAACACCUGUUUUAUCCUUUCAACAUCCCAUCCCUAAUUCAAAGAAAGUCAAGAAGGGAUGGCCGAGACAAGCUGCUCCUCCUCAACCUGCACCUAUUUUGUCCAGGACACCUGCUAAAUACAAAGAAACUUCAAACCCUUUAAUAGAGUCAGGCACGCAUUCGAUUGAAAUACUCAAAGAGUUUGGUAUUUCAAAUGAUCAUAUCCAACAACUACUUUCAUCUGGUGCUUUAAAGGAUACCAAAUCAAGGCUCUAAAAAAAUUUUCUGAUCCUUCAAACCAUAAAAAGAUAAUCACUUUCUGAGAUUUAAAUGACUUUGUUUUUUUAGGGAUUAUGAAGAAAUGUGAGUCAUCGUUUGGAGAAAUAAAUAGCAUAAUUUUUGU